AAUGCAGCUAAAAAGAACAGGCCAUAUGUUCCUUUCAGCGACAUCUAAGAUCUAUUCUCUUCAGUUACAGUAUACCUUUCGCACUCUCCUCUUUUGACAUCAUGCUAUAUGCGAUACAUGAGACGCUGAAGCUUCUAUAUAUGGUCAAGUAGUUCUUGGAACGUGAAUACGGACGUGAAUUAUAAAAAUAACCGAACCGGGUGUCAUCGAGUUGGAAAACUAAUUUCCUGUUUGAGCGUGAAGAAUGGAAACUGUACUUCAACAGAAAGUAAUAGAGGUUGCCAAUCACGUCGAGCAACAAUUGGAUGCAGAGUUGGAGAAAUUAGAUAAUUUGGAUAUCAAUGAUUACGAAAAAAUACGUGCAAGCCGAUUAAAUGAACUCAAACGGAUGCAAAAACAAAAACAGGACUGGCUUGUUUCGGGUCAUGGAGAAUAUUCUGAGAUUUAUGAUGAAAAAGAGUUCUUUGAAAUAUCCAAGAAGUCAGAAAAUAUAGUUUGCUUAUUUUAUAAAGAUGAUUCUCAACGAUGUAAAAUAGUGGACCAUCAUUUUAAGACCCUUGCAAAAAAACACAUUGAAGCAAGAUUCUGCAAAUUAAAUGUUGAAAGAUGUCCCUUUUUGACUGAACGUCUAAGGAUCAGAAUUAUACCUACAAUCGCGCUAAUUGUGAAUGGUAAAACUAAGGACUACAUUGUUGGAUUUACUGAAUUAGGAAACUGUGACGACUUUUCUACAGAAACUCUACAAUGUCGUCUUGCACAAUCUGGUGUGAUAAACUAUGAUGAUGAUGUGCAAUUGUCCGAAACUGGCAAGAAAUCAUUCAUAUUUAGACCUCAGAAAUCUAAAACUAUUAAAGGACGCAGUUCAGAUGAUUCUGAUGAUGAUUGAAACUAUAUCAAAUACAAAAAUUAUAUAUAUUUAUUCACAUUUUUCUGCUUCACAUGUAUUAAAUUUAAUCAUUAUACUGUCAUUUUGUUAACAGGAAGUUGAAUUUUUCUAAUAAAAUUGAUGAAGUUUA